GGUUAAAGCGGUUCCCACCCAGGGGAAGACAGACAGACCCACAGAUUCCCUCCUCUCUCCAGCUGUUCCUCUCUCAUCUCCUGCUUCGCCAUGAGCUCCAUGGUGGAUGUAAAAACCUUGUAUGAGAACCUCCGGAACCUGAAUCUAAGCGAGGGGCAGGACGCUGGGGGCAGCGGCGACGCCCACAUCUGGCCCCUGCGCACCGUCUGGAGCCCCAGCACGGAGCAGGCGUGCUCCCUGCCCGAGCCGGCGGCCCCGCGCCCCUCGUUCCGCACCGACCGCUCCCUCAGCCUGAUCGAGGGCCGAGCCCUGCCGCCCCCCCCGCCCGGCUUCCCCCCGCUGCAGCCCCCGCCGGCCCCCGCCCUCUCGGCCCGCUACAAGACGGAGCUGUGCCGGACCUACAGCGAGACGGGCCGCUGCCGGUACGGGGCCAAGUGCCAGUUCGCCCACGGGGCCGGGGAGCUUCGGAGUCUGAGCCGCCACCCCAAAUACAAGACGGAGCUGUGCCACAAAUUCUACCUCCACGGCGAAUGCCCCUACGGCUCCCGCUGCCACUUCGUCCACUACCCGGAAGAGCGGGGGCUGGCCGCCUCCCCACAGCUUCUGCGCCAGAGCCUCAGCUACACCGGGGUGCCUGCUGCCCGCCAGGGCUCCCCACCGCCCGGCAUCUCCGACCCGGCCUCUUUCGCCCGGGCACCCUCUAUCUCCCCACCUCCCGCCAGCGACCUCCUCUCGCCGCCCUUCGCCCGCCUCAACUCGGAGCCCGUCCCUCGCAUGGCCACCCUCGGAGAAGCCCUGGCCGCCUCCGCCCCUGGAGGGCGCUGUACCUGCCGUUGCGGCGGCACCGCCAGGCUGGGCGCCUUCGAGAGCCACCGAGACUACUUUGCCGCCGCCCCGGGCGCGCCCGUCGCCUCUGGCCUCCCUAGGACCCCUUCCUCCAACUCGCUCUCCGACCAGGAUUGCUACAGCAGCUCGGGCAGUCUCAGCGGCUCCGAAUCGCCCGUCUUCGAGAUCCUGCCCAGCAGCGGCACCUGGAGCGGGACCCGCCGCCUGCCCAUCUUCAACCGCAUCUCUGUGUCGGAGGCCGGGGAGGGCUUGGAAUAGCCUCCAGGCCAAGGGAGGGAAUCUAAUGGGGUGGAGAAAGGGGGAGGGGUCGCAAUCAAUUCCUUGGAGCAAAGGGUGACCCCUUGGUCCUGCUUCCAAGAUCCCUCCAGACGCUGCCCCCUGGCCCCUCCAGCUGCUGGUCCAGAUGUUUGGGGAGGGGACAGCAGCUCCCCAGCCAGAUGUUGGCAGGGGCUGCUCCUGUCUGGAGGGUGGGGUGACCUCCCCUGGUGUGGGACAUGAGCUCCCCACAGUGGGGGAGGGAAGGGGGGGACAUGCAUCCAGAUGUGCACAAUGCAGAUGCCAGCUGGGCAAGGCAAGCUCCCUGCCUGGCCAGAUGUAGCCAUGCCUUUUAAGUGACUUGCUCCUGCUAUCUGGGCGCGGGGCGUGGCUGGCAGGGGCCGCUGCCCCCUCGGUAUAGGGCUCGUCCUCCUGCCUUCCUCCGCCCGCUCGUCCUAAAGUGCCAGAUGACACCGCCAAAGUGCCUUGCCCAACCCCCGCCGUCCGGAAGUGCUUACUUGCUUCAAGUCAGGGACUGCCGGUCUCCACGCCUCCCCCAUGUCCGGCUUUCCACCGGACUCGUCUGCAUUACAGCGGGUGAGGGGAAAAGCCCCGUGGGGCCGGCGUGCAUCCCUGAAAACGGACUAACUUGGAGCUGUGGGGUGGGGACGGUGCAGUUUUAUGCCCCAUAUGUAGCAGAUUGUUUGGGGUGGACCACAUCAGCAUAUUAGGGGUGUCUGGGGUGGGAUAAAUUCAGCUUGAAUGGUGCUGCUUUCCUCCUCUGCCUUUACCCUUAUUUCAUGCUGUGAAUAUUUCGGGAAGGGUUCCCCUAAAUUGUGAAUGGAGGUGUAGAUCCCUUUGGAAUUCUUUGACACCGUCUGCAGACCCCCCGCAGGGGUCGGUGGACCACAGUGAAAACGAUUGGACUUAACUGAUAUGAAACAGCUCUUGCUUUAAGUUGGCGGGGGAUGUAUUUCUCUCCAAAGACCGUAGUGUUACUGCAGUAUUUAUGUCAAUUGCAUUGGCCCAGCUGCAAAGGGAAGGGUGAAACGGACUGGGGGGGGGGGGGAAGGAGAGUAAGAAAGCUCUAAUGUCUUAAAGGGGAAGAUGAGACAAUCUGAGCUGGCAAUAUCGCUGGGUGGAGCAGGAAGGCAGCACUGACAUGAUUGGGCAGUUUGCAAUGAAGAUGUGGUGUGUCCCCUCCCAGAAUCCAAAGGUCAUGGGGAGGGAGGGGUCUUUGUUCCACCCCCGCCUCCCCAGUUAGCCACCCCAUUCAAAGCUCGGUCAACAUGACAGCAAGGUUGACCUUGAUUUCUGGGGAGUUGGUCUCCAAAGCCAUAGUGUUAAACCGGUCAGCCCUUGCCAUGUAGCAAGAACUCUGAAGGGGUGGGAGGGGGAGACACUAAGUGUGCAUUGCUCGCCUCCUUGCACAAAGCCGAGGUUGUGAAGUGCUCCCCAGUCCAGCCCACAGGAUAAAAACUUGCUUUUUCUUUUAAAGACCAGCUAAGGGUCUGCUCUGAUCACAUGACUCCCGAAGCUUGGGCUUUCAGAACCGCACUAAACCUCACACAGCUUUGGCAACACUGGUAUCUAGCUCCGAAUCCCGCUGUGGUAGCUUGUGAUGCCCUCUUUGCAGCUCCGAGGCCUAGUGAGAUCUUUCAUGUUCCGUUUUCUGUGUGAACAAUUCCCAUUGCUUUUUAACUGUUGCUCUUGGAAACAAAAAACAAAGCUGAUGUUUACCUUUAAUGAUAGACCAGAAACCAAAAUUAUUUAUAGAAUCUUAUUUAUUCAAGACAGAAUUUUAUAUUAUAUUUAUCUUUUUGUAAUAUUCUGAAAUAAUAUAUAUAUUUUUCCGUGUUAUUAAAAAGUUUAAUUAAAGAAAAACAACCCAGCCAGAUGUAACCGGGAAGUGAUAUGUUUAUAAGUGACAAAUGCUUUUUUAAUCAUCAUUGUGGUGUUAUUGCUGAAUCUUGAGGAUUUAAAAAAAAAAAUGGUGGAAAUAAAACAAAGAAAGCCAUGA